UUCAUUGUCUCCUUUUUGCGUUCGUUUCUUUCCCAUUCAUGUGUAAUCCAUUCGUGUGCACUCCUCCCUCCAUUAAUAACCUGCAAACACACACUCACUGUGUGUGAGAGAAAGAGAAUUUCAUCAUCUUCAUCUUCAACAAUCCAAACUUCAAAACCAUACAAUUGCCAUGGAACUCAUCCCUCUCUCUCUCCUCCUCUCACUUUCUCUCUCUACAAUCCUUUUCCUCCUCUUCCGCACCUCCACUGCCCGGCGGCGGAACAUCCGUUCGCCGCCGGGCAGCAUCGGGCUCCCGCUGAUCGGCGAAACAUUUCAACUCAUCUCCGCGUACAAGACGGAGAACCCGGAGCCGUUCAUUGACACACGCGUUGUGAAAUACGGGACCGUUUUCACGACGCAUGUGUUCGGGGAACGGACGGUGUUCUCCGCAGACGCGGAGACGAAUCGGUUUAUUUUGCAAAAUGAAGGACGGUUGUUCGAGUCGAGUUAUCCCGGUUCGAUUGCGAAUUUGGUUGGAAAACAUUCGUUGUUGCUUAUGAGAGGGAGUUUGCAUAGAAGAAUGCAUUCGUUGACGAUGAGUUUUGCUAAUUCUACUAUUAUUAAGGAUCAUUUGUUGGUGGAUAUUGACCGGUUGGUUCGCCGGAAUUUGGAUAAGUGGACCGGUCGAAUUCUUUUGAUGGAGGAGGCUAAAAAGAUAACAUUUGAGUUAACGUUGAAGCAACUACUAAGCAUUGAGCCGUGCGAGUGGUCGGAAAAUCUAAGGAAAGAAUACAUGCUUGUUAUUGAAGGCUUCUUUUGCAUUCCUCUACCCUUUUUUUCUCUUACUUAUCGGCGUGCGAUUCAGGCACGGAAAAGGGUGACAGAGGCGUUGCACUUGGUGGUUAGAGAGCGGCGGGUGGAAAGGGAAAAGGGGGUGAAGAAGAACGACAUGUUGGCGGCAUUGUUUGAUAGUGAUUGUGAUGAUGACGAGAUCGUGGAUUUGUUGGUGUCUCUUUUGGUUGCGGGUUAUGACACCACAUCAACCACCAUGACUCUUGCCGUUAAAUUCCUCACAGACACACCUUCGGCUCUUGCUGAGCUUAAGGAAGAACAUGAAGAAAUUAGAAAGAAAAAGGGCGCGUCGUUGGCUCUUGAAUGGGAUGAUUACAAGUCUAUGCCUUUCACACAAUGCGUUGUUAACGAGACACUGAGACUCUCUAACAUAAUUAGCGGUGUCUUUAGGAGAGCAAUCACCGACGUCAAGAUAAAAGAUUAUACAAUUCCAAAAGGAUCAAAAGUGUUUGCCUCGCUUCGAGCCGUUCAUCUUGGUCAAGAAAAUUUCGAGGAUGCUCGUGUUUUUGACCCUUGGAGAUGGCAGAAAAUAUCGGAUCCAGCAAACUUUAUGCCUUUUGGGGGCGGACCAAGGCGAUGCCCAGGCCACGAGCUAGCUAGGGUCGCUCUAUCUGUUUUCCUUCAUCAUCUCAUCACUCGUUUCAGUUGGAUACCCGCAGAAGAUGAUAAGUUGGUAUUUUUCCCGACGACAAGGACACAAAAGCGGUACCCUAUCAUCGUGCAAAAUCGUAAUGUAGUAGGGUAAUGAAAAGAGUAAAUACCCAAAAAAAAGAGAGAAGAAAAAAAAAAAGAACGGGUUAUAAUUUUGAAGAUUAAAAUGUGGCAUACGUUUAGGGCGAGAUAAUUUGCAAGAUUAUAUCAAUAAUCUUUUCUAUUCUCGUGGAUUAACAUUUAUGUAUAUUCUAUACCUUAAAAAAUAAUACCGAUUAAUUAAAAAUA